AUGCGCCACUAACAAUCCAUGCGGUUUGGGUGCUGAAUGCGUGAACUUGGGCGGUAGCUUUCAGUGCCGCUGUCCCUCCGGUUUUGUGCUGGAGCAUGAUCCGCAUGCGGAUCAGUUGCCCCAGCCCCAGAACACCCAACAAUUGGGCUACGGGCCGGGGGCGACGGACGUGGUGCCCUACCAGAAGACCUCAGGCGCCGGUCUGGCCUGCCUGGACAUCGAUGAGUGCAAUCAGCCGGACGGAGUGGCCAAGUGCGGCACCAAUGCCAAGUGCAUUAACUUCCCCGGCUCGUACCGCUGCCUGUGUCCCAGCGGAUUCCAAGGACAGGGCUAUUUGCACUGCGAGAACAUCAACGAGUGUCAGGAUAAUCCGUGUGGGGAGAACGCGAUCUGCACAGACACCGUUGGGAAGCUUCGUGUGCACGUGCAAACCCGACUAUACCGGUGAUCCGUUCCGCGGAUGUGUGGAUAUCGAUGAGUGUACCGCCUUGGAUAAGCCAUGUGGACAACAUGCGGUAUGCGAAAACACCGUUCCCGGUUACAAUUGCAAGUGCCCGCAGGGAUACGAUGGAAAACCCGAUCCCAAAGUGGCCUGCGAACAAGUUGAUGUCAAUAUCCUGUGCAGCAGUAACUUCGAUUGUACCAACAAUGCGGAGUGUAUCGAGAAUCAAUGCUUCUGCUUGGAUGGUUUCGAACCCAUUGGAUCUAGUUGUGUGGACAUCGAUGAGUGUCGCACCCAUGCGGAAGUGUGUGGUCCCCAUGCCCAGUGCCUGAAUACUCCCGGAUCCUACGGCUGUGAAUGCGAAGCGGGAUAUGUAGGAAGUCCACCACGGAUGGCCUGCAAACAGCCGUGCGAGGAUGUGCGGUGUGGUGCUCAUGCCUACUGCAAACCGGAUCAGAAUGAAGCCUACUGUGUGUGCGAGGAUGGAUGGACCUAUAACCCAAGCGAUGUCGCUGCGGGAUGUGUGGACAUUGAUGAGUGCGAUGUUUUGCACGGACCCUUCGGAAGUUGUGGCCAGAAUGCCACGUGUACGAACAAUGCUGGAGGAUUUACGUGCGCCUGCCCACCUGGUUAUUCGGGAGAUCCACAUUCUAAGUGUGUCGAUGUUGAUGAGUGUAGGACUGGAGCUAACAAAUGCGGAGCUGGAGCUGAGUGCGUGAAUGUACCAGGUGGCGGGUAUACCUGUCGCUGCCCUGAGAACACCAUUGCUGAUCCGGAUCCCAGUGUGAGGUGUGUGCCUAUUGUGAGCUGUUCUUCUAACGACGACUGUCCUGGCAAUUCCAUCUGUGAUGCGACUAAGCGUUGUCUGUGCCCAGAACCGAAUAUUGGCAAUGACUGCCGACAUCCUUGCGAAGCACUCAAUUGCGGUGCACAUGCUCAGUGCAUGUUGGCUAAUGGACAGGCUCAGUGCUUGUGUGCUCCUGGAUAUACUGGUAACUCAGCUCUUCCUGGGGGAUGUAACGAUAUUGAUGAAUGUCGGGCUAAUCCCUGCGCAGAGAAGGCCAUCUGUUCCAACACAGCUGGAGGCUAUCUGUGUCAGUGUCCAGGAGGGUCAAGUGGAGAUCCGUAUCGCGAGGGAUGCAUUACUUCAAAGACGGUAGGUUGCUCCGACUCAAAUCCUUGUGCGACAGGAGAGAGUUGCGUUCAGGACUCCUACACCGGCAACAGUGUAUGCAUUUGUCGUCAAGGCUAUGAGCGUAAUCCCGAGAAUGGCCAAUGCCAAGAUGUUGACGAGUGCUCUGUCCAGAGAGGAAAACCCGCUUGUGGAUUGAAUGCUCUUUGUAAAAAUUUGCCUGGAAGUUAUGAGUGUCGCUGUCCACAGGGUCAUAAUGGAAAUCCAUUCAUCAUGUGCGAGAUCUGUAAUACGCCAGAGUGCCAGUGUCAGUCUCCGUACAAACUUGUUGGAAACAGUUGCGUUCUGUCAGGAUGCUCCAGUGGGCAGGCCUGUCCCAGUGGAGCCGAGUGCAUCUCGAUAGCUGGAGGUGUCAGUUACUGCGCCUGCCCGAAGGGAUACCAAACUCAACCGGAUGGAAGCUGUGUCGAUGUUGACGAAUGCGAGGAACGUGGUGCUCAUAUGUGCGCCUUUGGAGCUCAGUGUGUGAACAAACCAGGAAGCUAUAGUUGCCAUUGCCCAGAAGGCUACCAAGGAGAUCCCUACAAUGGCCUAUGUGCCCUGGCUCAAAGGAAAUGCGCUGCCGAUAAAGAAUGCGCCAGUAACGAGAAGUGCAUCCAGCCUGGAGAAUGCGUUUGUCCACCUCCUUACUUCUUGGAUCCCAAUGACAACAAUAAGUGCAAGAGUCCCUGCGAACGAUUCCCGUGCGGCAUCAAUGCCAAGUGUACUCCCUCGGAUCCACCCCAAUGUAUGUGCGAGGCUGGAUUCAAGGGAGAUCCCCUACUGGGUUGCACGGAUGAAGACGAGUGCUCUCAUCUACCUUGUGCCUAUGGAGCUUACUGUGUGAACAAGAAGGGCGGAUACCAAUGCGUGUGCCCCAAGGACUUUACGGGAGAUCCAUAUAAGAGUGGCUGCAUAUUUGAGAGUGGAACAACAAAGAGCAAGUGCCUCAGCAACGAUGAUUGCGCCAGUAAUCUGGCCUGCUUGGAGGGAAGUUGCAUCAGCCCCUGUAGCAGUCUCCUGUGUGGCUCCAAUGCCUAUUGUGAGACAGAGCAGCAUGCUGGCUGGUGCCGCUGCCGAGUGGGAUUUGUGAAGAAUGGAGACGGAGACUGUGUGUCUCAGUGUCAAGACGUGAUCUGUGGCGAUGGAGCUCUUUGCAUCCCAACCAGCGAAGGUCCUACCUGCAAGUGUCCACAAGGACAGCUUGGUAAUCCCUUCCCCGGUGGCAGCUGCAGCACAGAUCAGUGCUCAGCCGCUAGACCUUGCGGUGAGCGACAGAUCUGCAUCAAUGGAAGGUGCAAGGAGCGCUGUGAGGGUGUGGUCUGCGGUAUCGGUGCCACCUGCGAUAGGAAUAAUGGAAAGUGCGUCUGCGAACCAAACUUUGUGGGAAAUCCUGAUUUAAUCUGUAUGCCGCCUAUUGAGCAGGCCAAGUGCUUACCAGGAUGUGGAGAGAACGCCCACUGCGAAUAUGGAUUGGGUCAGAGCCGAUGUGCCUGUAACCCCGGAACCUUUGGAAAUCCCUAUGAAGGCUGUGGAGCACAAAGCAAGAAUGUUUGCCAGCCCAAUAGCUGUGGACCCAAUGCCGAGUGCCGUGCUGUGGGCAACCACAUCUCCUGUCUUUGCCCUCAAGGCUUCAGUGGUAAUCCCUAUAUUGGAUGCCAGGAUGUGGAUGAGUGUGCCAAUAAACCAUGUGGUCUUAAUGCUGCUUGUCUAAAUAGAGCCGGAGGAUUCGAGUGCCUUUGCCUCUCCGGUCAUGCCGGAAAUCCCUAUAGUAGUUGUCAACCCAUUGAGAGCAAGUUUUGUCAGGAUGCCAACAAAUGCCAGUGCAACGAGCGUGUGGAGUGCCCAGAUGGUUACAGUUGCCAGAAGGGCCAGUGUAAGAACCUCUGCUCCCAGACAUCGUGCGGCCCAAGGGCUAUCUGCGAUGCCGGAAAGUGCAUCUGCCCUAUGGGUUACAUUGGAGAUCCACAUGACCAGAACCAGGGAUGUAGUGUUCGCGGUCAAUGUGGCAAUGAUGCGGACUGUCGAAACUCCGAAAUCUGUUUCCAGUUGGGCAAAGGUUUGCGCAAGUGUGUGGAUGCGUGCUCCAAGAUUCAGUGUGGACCUAAUGCCCUCUGUGUGGCCGAGGAUCACCGAUCUUCGUGUAUUUGUUCCGAUGGGUUCUUUGGCAACCCAAGCAACCUACAGGUGGGAUGCCAACCAGAACGGAUCGCCCCCAAGGAGGAAGAUAAAUGUAAAUCAGAUCGCGACUGUGAGCGAGGAUAUGGUUGUCAAGCCAGCGUUGAUGGUUCCCGGGAGUGCAUCAACCUGUGCUCGAAUGUUGUCUGUGGACCCAAUGAGCUGUGCAAGAUUAACCCAGCUGGCCACGCAAUAUGCAACUGUGCCGAGAGUUAUGUAUGGAACCCAGUGGUCUCCUCUUGUGAAAAACCAUCCCUGCCAGAUUGCACCAGUGACGCUAAUUGUCCUGAUGCAUCCGCCUGUCGCCCGGAUGUCUUGGGUGUGCUUAAGUGCGUCGCAAUUUGCGAUGCCUUCACCUGCCCAGCCAAUUCCGUUUGUGUUGCUCGCCAGCACCAGGGACGUUGUGAUUGUCUCAAUGGCUUUGUGGGCAACCCGAAUGAUAGGAAUGGCUGCCAGCCAGCCCAGAAACAUCACUGCAAAAACAACGCAGAGUGCCAGGAGUCGGAGGCCUGUAUCAAGGAUGAGACUACCCAGACUCUUGGAUGUCGUCCAGCUUGUGAUACCGUCAAGUGUGGACCCCGCGCCGUUUGCAUUACCAACAACCAUCAAGCGCAGUGUCAAUGUCCACCUGGACCUUUUGCCGGAGAUCCGUAUGAUCCAUUCAACGGUUGCCAGAGUGUUCCUUGUGUCUAUAACCAUGACUGUCCACCUAGCCAGAUGUGCAACCGGAUGACCCACACCUGUUUCGAUGUUUGCGACGAAGAGUCUUGCGGUGAUAAUGCCAUUUGCUUGGCUGAGGAUCAUCGGGCCGUUUGCCAGUGCCCGCCUGGAUUCAAGGGAGAUCCGUUGCCAGAAGUGGCUUGUACCAAACAAGGUGGAUGUGCUGCUGGAACCUGCCAUCCUUCGGCCAUUUGUGAAGUCACCCCAGAAGGACCUGUCUGCAAGUGUCCUCCACUCUUUGUAGGUGAUCCCAAGUCGAGUGGCUGUCGUCCAGAUGGUCAGUGCCCGAAUGGCGAUGCCGAUUGCCCAGCCAACACAAUCUGCGCUGGAGGAAGGUGCCAGAACCCUUGUGACAAUGCCUGUGGAUCGAAUGCCGAUUGUAAGGUGGUCAACAGGAAACCUGUCUGCAGCUGUCCCCUGCGAUUCCAGCCUGUCUCUGAUACUGCCAAGGAUGGCUGUGCCCGUACUAUAUCGAAUUGCCUCACAGAUGUCGACUGUGGUGGAGCACUGUGCUACAAUGGACAGUGUCGCAUUGCCUGCAGAAACAGCCAGGAUUGCUCCGAUGGCGAGAGCUGUCUGAAGAACGUCUGCGUGGUGGCCUGCCUGGAUCACAGUCAGUGCGCCAGUGGACUGGCUUGUGUUGAGGGUCAUUGCACCAUAGGCUGUCGCAGCAACAAGGAUUGCAAGCAGGAUCAGUCCUGCAUAGAGAACAAGUGUCUGAAUCCGUGCCAGUCUGCCAAUAGCUGUGGUCCAAAUGCGUUAUGCAGCAUUGCCCAACAUCGGAGUCAGUGUAGCUGUCCUGAAGGAUUCGAGGGAAACCCCACUCCGGAACAGGGAUGCGUGAGAGUGCCAGCCCCCUGCUUGGCCAGCAACCAGUGCCCCAAUGGGCACAUGUGCAUUGGUAACCAGUGUAACCUUCCCUGUACUAAGACUUCAUCUUGUGCAGUUGGAGAACGUUGCUAUCAACAGGUUUGCCGCAAGGUUUGCUACACCAGCAACAACUGUUUGGCCGGAGAGAUAUGUAACUCGGACAGGACUUGUCAACCAGGAUGUGAUUCUGAUGCAGAUUGUCCACCCACCGAACUGUGCCUGAAUGGAAAAUGUAAGUGUGCCACCGGAUUUAUAGGCACUCCCUUCGGAUGCUCAGAUAUUGAUGAGUGCACGGAACAGCCCUGCCAUGCUAGUGCUCGAUGUGAGAACCUCCCUGGAUCCUAUCGGUGUGUUUGCCCCGAAGGAACUGUUGGCGAUGGAUACGCCCAGCAGGGUUGCUCACAACCCAGGCAAUGUCAUAAACCAGACGAUUGCGCCAAUAAUCUGGCCUGUAUCCAUGGAAAGUGCACGGAUCCGUGCCUACAUACAGUUUGUGGAAUCAAUGCCAACUGCCAAUCGGAAGGACAUGAAGCUCUAUGUACCUGCCCAGCUGGAUUUUUGGGUGAUCCUAACGACACUGGAGUCGGUUGCUUCAAGGUGGAAUGUAUCGACCAUGUUGACUGCGCUGGAGAUCGUGCCUGCGAUGCCGAAACCAAUCGAUGCAUUAAACCUUGCGAUCUGACAAGUUGUGGAAAGGGUAACUGCCAAGUAAAGGAUCACAAGGCGGUUUGUGCCUGCUACGAAGGUUAUCAGUUGGUUAACGGAGUGUGUGAGGACAUCAACGAGUGCCUGUCGCAACCAUGCCACAGCACUGCCUUCUGUAAUAAUCUUCCAGGAAGCUACAAUUGUCAGUGCCCUGAGGGAUUAAUUGGAGAUCCCCUGCAGGUCGGAUGUCGGGAUCCAAAUGAAUGCCUGAGUGAUGCGGAUUGUCCUGCCUCAGCCAGUUGCCAGAACUCACGAUGCCGUAGUCCUUGCGAACGUCAAAAUGCAUGUGGAUUGAAUGCCAACUGCCAGGCUCAGGCCCACCAAGCUGUUUGCACAUGUCCAUUGAAUUCUCGCGGAGAUCCCACCAUCGAGUGUGUGCACAUUGAGUGCUCGGACAAUGAUGACUGCUCCGGGGAGAAGGCCUGUUUGGACUCAAAGUGUAUCGAUCCCUGCUCCCUGCCCAAUGCUUGUGGAGCUCAGGCUCGUUGCUCGGUACAGAACCAUAUUGGAGUCUGUUCAUGCGAAGCUGGAAGUACGGGAGAUGCCAAAUUGGGAUGCGUGCAGCUGCAAUAUUGCCAACAGGAUGGACAAUGUGCCCAGGGAAGUAUCUGCUCCCACGGAAUUUGCAGUCCUCUGUGCAGCACCAACCGCGAUUGCAUUUCGGAACAACUGUGUUUGCAGGGCGUCUGCCAGGGAACCUGUAAAUCGAACACGACUUGCCCUCAGUUCCAGUUCUGUUUGAAUAACAUUUGCACGAAGGAGCUGGAAUGUCGAUCGGACAGUGAAUGUGGAGAAGAUGAGACAUGUUUGAGUGAUGCCUAUGGACGCGCGAAAUGUGAGUCUGUAUGUUUAGGACGCGCCGCUUGUGGCAGGAAUGCCGAAUGCGUGGCUCGUUCUCAUGCUCCAGAUUGUCUGUGCAAAGAAGGAUUCUUCGGGGAUGCCAAGUCCGGAUGCAGAAAAAUCGAGUGUACCACUGAUGAUGAUUGCUCCAAUGACAAGAGCUGCGAUAACCAUAUGUGCAAGAUUGCCUGCCUUAUUGGACAGCCGUGCGGAGACAAUGCUCUCUGCACAACGGAACACCAUCAGCAGGUGUGUCACUGUCAACCAGGAUUCUCGGGAGAUCCUCGGGUGCGUUGCGAUGUCAUAGACUUUUGCCGUGAUGCUCCGUGCGGACCCGGAGCCCGCUGUAGGAACGCGAGGGGGUCGUACAAAUGCACCUGUCCCCCGGGACUCGUUGGUGAUCCGUACAACGAGGGCUGUCGCAGCUCCGUUGAGUGUGAGACCAACGAGGACUGUCCCCCGCAUGCUGCAUGCACCAAAACCAAUGGGGUGGCCAAGUGCCGCGAUGUCUGUGCCCAGCUGCAGUGUGGCCCCAAUGCGGAAUGUGUUCCGAAGGGUCAUGUGGCGCAGUGUGCAUGUCGCAGCGGCUAUGAUGGCCAACCCGCCGACCGGGUGGCCGGAUGUAAGCCGUUGCCCGUUCCUUGUCAGGUCACCGGCGACUGUCCGACCAACACUUACUGCUCGGAUAGCGUCUGCAAACCUGCCUGUGUUCUGGACACCGAAUGUGGAGCAUCUGAGGUGUGUCAAGGUGGCCAAUGCUUCAACCCCUGCCUGCAGCCUCAGGCUUGUGGACAGAAUGCCGAGUGCGUGAUACAAAAUCACCUGAAACAGUGCCAUUGCCCAGAGGGCUUCACCGGCGACUCUGCAAAGGAGUGCGUGCGUGUUCCGGUGGCCUGCGAUGGCGAAUGUGCUCCUGGAUACACCUGCCGAGACUCCAUGUGUCUGCCUGUGUGUCACAACGAUCUGGAGUGCGCCUCCAACGAAAAGUGCUUGAAGGGUAACUGCAUGUUAACCUGUCGAGUGGACAACGAUUGCUUCCUGGGUCACGUUUGCCUGCACAACAAGUGCGUUUACGGCUGCCAUGUGGACGAUGACUGCAGUGCCUCUGAGUCCUGCCGCAAUGAUAAGUGCGUAAAUCCCUGUCUGGAGAAUCCCUGUGGUCCCAAUGCCGCCUGUUCGGUUUCGAACCACCGGGCCAGCUGCAGCUGUCUGGAGAGCAUGGUACCCAAUCCCACGCCCCAGGUGGGCUGCGUCCGUUCUCCCCCCUUGGAGUGCCGCGAGAAUCGCGACUGUGGAAAUGGAUUAGCCUGCUUCGAGUCGGUUUGUCGACCUCUUUGCGCCGAUGAUGCCGGCUGUUUGACCAACGAGCGUUGCCAGCAGGGAGUUUGCAAGCCGCUCUGCCGCCACGACAAUGAAUGCGGUCAUGGAGAGCUAUGUUUGGGCCUGAAUUGCGUGCCUGGCUGCCGUUCCGAUCAUGGUUGUCCCCAAGACUUGUCCUGCGUGAGUCAGCAGUGCGUGGAUCCAUGUGCUGAUCCCACUGCCUGCGGCACUAAUGCCCACUGCCAAACAAUCGAUCAUAGGAAACAAUGCUUAUGCCCGGAGGGUCUGGAUGGCAAUCCCAAUAUUGCAUGCAAGGUGCCUCGCAUUGCUUGUGGCAGGAACGAGGAUUGUCAGUCGAAUCAGCUCUGCUACGCAGGAAGCUGCCAAGGAAAAUGCAGGAACGAUCAGAACUGCCUGGCAGACGAGCGUUGCAUGCGUGGAACUUGCAGAACUGUAUGCAACACUGAUGAGGCUUGUGCUCAGGGACAAAUUUGCGAGAAUCGCAUGUGCCAGACUGGAUGCCGUACGGAUUUAAGUUGUGCCACCGAUGAAGCCUGCGUGAACAAGAAGUGCCAGAAUCCAUGCCGAAACCCGGGUCAAUGUGGCCAGUGUGCCGACUGUUUGGUGGUCAACCACGGUGUCCAGUGUCAGUGUCCCGCCGCCUUUAUGGGAGACGGUCUGACUGGCUGUCAACUUCCGCCUGAGCGCUGCCAUCCCGGCUGCGAAUGCGAUGAGAAUGGAGCCUACUGCGCCAGCAAAUGCUCGAGAACCGAGGACUGCGCCUGCGGACAACAGUGUGCCCGAGGAAAGUGCCGGAAUAAGUGCGGACCCAAGCGCCAGUGUACGGUGGGUCAACUUUGUGAGCGAGGAGCUUGCAUUGCUGGAUGCAAAUCAAACGGUGAUUGUGCCGCCGACCAAAGUUGUGUCAAUGGAAAGUGUACAGAUCCUUGUGCAAGUGACAAGGCCUGCGGGAGAAAUGCUUUGUGCACCGUUUCGGAACACAGGAUGCUCUGUUACUGCCCUGAUGGAUACGAGGGCGAGCCCAGUAAGGAGUGCGUGCAAUUCGAGUGCCGUGUGGAUACCGAUUGCGAAAGUAACAAGCGCUGCGACCAAGGAAAGUGUCGUAAUCCUUGUCUGGAGUAUGGAGCCUGUGGUACCAAUGCCCAGUGUAGGGUGGUAGGACGUAAGGCCCAGUGCUCUUGUCCACCGGACUUCUUCGGUAAUCCGAUGAGUGAAUGCCGACCGUUGGAAGGAGGAUGCUCAAGCAAACCCUGUGGCGAGAACUCCAAGUGCACUGAGGUUCCUGGAGGCUAUGAGUGCGCCUGCAUGGAUGGCUGUAUUGGAGAUGCACAUCAGGGAUGUCUGUGCGGUGGACCGUUGGUGAAUGCCUGUCAGGAUCACCCUUGUGGUUUGAACGCCGCCUGUCAUGUUUUGGAGAACGAUCAAGCCGAAUGCUACUGCCCGGAGGACUUUCCCAAUGGUGAUGCAUAUGUGCAGUGUUAUUUGACUCCACCGAAGCCAGAUUGUCGUACCCAAGGAUGCGAUGUGGGUGACUGUGUGCGCCAGGGCUAUGAAUAUGUCUGCCAGCAGGACACCGAACAAUGCUACUCAGAUACGGAUUGUCCCAGUGAAAAGUCAUGCCUCCAAGGACACUGCAGCGAUCCUUGUACAAUGCGUGGCGUGUGUGGUGUGAAUGCGCUCUGCAAAACCGUACUGCAUCGUCCGCAAUGCUCUUGCCCCAGCUGCCACAUAGGUCGGCCGGAGGUGGAGUGCAAGCCCGAUCCCAAGUGCCUACCCGAAGAAGCUGAUCCGAAGACCAAUGAGCAGAUCCCAUGCUCCAGAGACUCCGAAUGUCCGGAGACAUUGCAGUGUGGCCAAUACGGUCAAUGCACAGAUCCGUGCAACAAUCCGCUCUUCAUAUGCGAGAGCAACAAGAAGUGCGAGACGCGACGCCACCAGCCGGUUUGUAUCUGCAAGUCGGGCUUCAUAGUGAAUGAGUACGGCGAACUAACAUGUGCCCCAGAUAAGCGUGAGUGCUAUCGCGAUGAUGACUGCGCCUCGAACAUGGCCUGUUCCGAUGGCAAGUGCCGGAAUCCAUGCAUCGUACCUAUAGGCCGAGCUGCGAUCUGUCCGGAAAACAAAUCCUGUGAGGUACAGAACCACAAACCCGUUUGCAUUUGCAUGCGCGACUGCCAGCCAUCGAUAUCCAUUUGCCUGCGUGACGCCGGAUGUCCGGCCAGUCAGGCAUGCCGGAAGCUUAAGUGCGUCGAUCCGUGCGAGUUUGCCACGUGCGCACCCAACUCGCCAUGCAUUGUCGAAGAUCAUAAGCCGAUAUGUAAAUUCUGCCCAGCUGGAUUUAUAGCCGAUGCCAAGAAUGGAUGUCAAAAAGGUAAAGCACCAAAAAGUAAUCUCUAUCACUCAGCUCUCUGUCGAGUGAAAGUGCCUUAAGUUUCUGUCUCGAAUAUCUCCGUUUCCUGCUCUCUCU